AUGUCCACGUCUAAAGAUUCUGAUAAACUAUCUGAAAACCCUGAUAUGAUUGCUUUUCUGCAAGAUAUCAGAAAAAGUUCUAAAAAGGUUGUGAAAAUAGAAAUAGAUAAAGAUUCAUAUAAACAAGAAGUAAUUCUAGAUAUUGAAUUGUCAUUUUCAAAAAUUCGAUCUAAAUUGUUAGAUCUUUAUAAACAAAAUCCAAAUGAGCGUAUAUGUCUUUAUAAUAAUAUGUUUUUUGUCGAUAAAGCAGGUAGCCAUAUCAGCAAAGACCAAGAAAGUGAACAUAAAUUAAAACAAUAUCGACUUGAAUAUGAAUUAAAAUGGAGAAUAGACACUACUACUGAAAUCAUGCAUGGGAGAAAUUUAAAUGUUAAUAUAGGAGUUUCUUCUAAAUUAUUUUUUUCACUAUCUGCUAGCAUUAAAAUAUCAGGCAAAAAAUCAAAAGAAAAUACAAACCACAGGCAAAUAUCUGAUACAAAUGAUAUUAGGUUGAAUAUGCAAGCAAAAGUAAAAAUAACUUGUAAAGAAGUUAUACUAUCACUAAAUUUUGAACAAGAUGUUGAAGAUGCUUUGAAAUGUUCUGAUACUAACAAGCAAAUUGAUAAAAUUCAUGAUAUCUGUAAAAAAUAUGGAGAUUUUUGGGCACAAGAAAUAUUUUUAGGUGGAAAAACUCAUAUAAGUCAAACAGUUACCAUUAAAAAGAAGAGCAAACAAAGGAACUAUAAUGCAAAUGAAUCGAAUAUUAAUGAAUCUAAAACAACAUAUACAUAUAUCGGAGAAGACACUAAUAAAGCUUACUCAAAUCCUGAAGCAUGGAAUAAAUCUUUGAAGAAUCCUGCUAAUUGGGGAGUUAUAAAAUGUCAUAAUAAAGUUUCAAUAUUUGAAAUUCUGGGAGAUGAACGUUGCAAAGAAAUUCUUAAAAUUUUGGGGAAAAAUUUUCUUUAUGCUAAAAUAGAUCAAAAUAUAUUUUCUACAUUUGCUUCAAAUCAAAGAUAUUAUCUACAUAGUUUUGAUAUACCUAAAAAUAUAAAUCUUAAAGAUUGCCAGAUUUUUGCAACAAUAAUAAAAGAUUUUAAAAAUCUAGAAGGAAUUAAGAGUCAACUUGUUUCGAGCAAAACAUUCCAAAUAACUCCCAAAAUUUGCAAUGAGCAUGAUUACAAUAAAACUUAUCACAUAAUUACUAACACAAUAAGAUGUGAUUCUCUUAAAAAAGAUCCACUUAAAAUGGAAAUAUCAACUGUGAAACGCAUUAUGUCAGUUGUUGAUUGGUCAAAGUUGACUAUAAGUGAGCUUAAGGAUCUUUGCAUAUCAUGUAGUCUGUCAUCUGGAGAAAAUAAAGAGGAAUUGGGUAAAAGGUUGUAUGCAUAUUUUGAUGUGAAAAGAGGGAAAGCAUCAAAUGCAGAUAUAGGAAAUGGAGAAGGAUAUGAAGGGCCAGAUGAGAUCGAUGAAAGAGAUUGGAGGAAUGGUAAGUUCAUAUAUUUAGAUGGUGAUGAUAUUGACAUAAAGUCACAAGAGACAAAUAGUAAGAUUAGAGACGAAUUAGCAAAUCACUUGCAGGGGAAAGAGAGGAUUGAAUCAGUGCCAGUUGAUGUUUUCUUAUCAGCAUUGGAAAUUAUAGAGAAAAAGAUGAAUAGAAAUUUUGUCGUUUUGCACAAGGAGAUGCAAGAAGAUGAGUUGUUAGAUGAGGCAUGGCUGAAGGUCAGAUUGUCAAAGCAUGUGAUCAGCACAAAAGGAAAUUCAAGUAUUCGAGAUAAUAUUGAGACUAGAGCUAUUACUUUGAGACUUGCUAAUAAUAGGGGAUGGAGCACAGCAUUGCAGAUAGUUGGUAAUAAUAACAAGAUGAUGGAGAAAUAUAAGAAUCAGAUUGCUGUUGUAGGACAAUUGGGACCUCCAUUACACUUUUUUGAUAAUAGUUAUAAUGUAAGAGAAGAGACAGAAAACCUUCCUUUUGUGGAAGGAAUGGUGAUAGUUCCUCAGAUCGCAUUAGAACAAUCACAUGCUAUUAUUGUGGAAGCAUCGGUCACAUCGCCUCCAAUUGUCUAUCUUCAGGCUUCCAGGGCUCUAAUAAAUCCAAAAAUGAAGACUGACUAUACUUGA